UUAGGUCGUGAUAAAAACGACAUGUGGUUUGGUGUUUGGAUUAUGAAGAUUUAACGUUUAUUCGAUGAUAUACAAUGAGCGAAAACUUGGAGAACAUUAAUCCAAAGCUCUAUAAAAAAUUAGAUGACCGAGAAAUUACAGUCGAGGAGCAAGACGAGGAUGUCGCGGAUGAGUUUGACGCGCGAGAGAUCUUCGAUAUUAUUAGGAACAUCAAUGAUCCGGAACAUCCUUUAACUCUGGAAGAACUGAAUGUAGUUGAACCGAAUCUCAUCGAAGUUGACGACAAAAAGAACAGUGUGGACGUAAAAUUCACGCCUACGAUACCGCAUUGCAGCAUGGCCACUUUGAUCGGUUUAUCCAUUCGCGUGCAAUUGCUACGUGCUUUACCCUCUAGGUUUAAGGUCAGUGUGGAAAUUUCACCGGGUACUCACGUCUCGGAGGCGGCAGUGAACAAGCAGCUUGCAGACAAAGAACGAGUAGCUGCGGCUUUAGAAAAUUCCAUGCUACUUGGCGUGAUCAAUCAGUGUUUGGCACUGAAAGAUUAGCAAGUUGCAAGUUACAAAUUCCAAGAUUUUUAUGUUUACCUUCCAUGAUUUCCAACGUUUUUUUUAAACUGAUUUCUUAGUUCAACUGAA